AUGAGCGUACCUUGGCGGCUUGACGACCUUGUCACAUGGGUCAUUGACACUAGCCCGGACAAACGCCUCAGCUUUGCUCAUAUCCAGGGGCCUCCAGCUUCAGCCAAGGCGAUCAAAAUACCAAUGGAAAUCAUCGAAUCGCCUCGAAUUCGGGAUGACCACCCUACCUUUAUUGUUCAGGUUCUUCCCGACUUCAAGAGGAAUGCAGUGAUCCGAGGUCAAAACCCUUGGUUACCGAACCUUGAAAUCGAGCCAGGCCAACCUAUGCUGAAGGUUGAGACAUACCUCGAAUCAGUAGAUCAUCUCAAGUCUAGCUACCGGGAAAGGAAAUAG